GAGCGCUCUACUGUUCGCAUUUGCAGAGAGGGAGGAGAAAUCAGAGUGUUCGGGAGCUCUUGCCUAGCCCGGCCCAACCUUUGCUCCAGAGAUCAUGGCUGCCGAGGAUGUGGUGGCGACUGGCGCCGACCCGAGCGACCUGGAGAGCGGCGGGCUGCUGCAUGAGAUCUUCACGUCUCCCCUCAACCUGCUGCUUCUCGGCCUCUGCAUCUUUCUGCUCUACAAGAUCGUACGCGGGGACCAGCUCGGGGCUGGUGGCGACAACGACGACGACGAGCCACCCCCGCUGCCUCGCCUCAAGCGGCGCGACUUCACCCCUGCUGAGCUGAGACGUUUUGACGGCGUCCAGGACCCGCGCAUUCUUAUGGCCAUUAAUGGCAAGGUGUUCGACGUGACCAAAGGCCGCAAAUUCUACGGGCCGGAGGGGCCAUACGGGGUCUUUGCUGGAAGAGAUGCAUCCAGGGGCCUUGCUACAUUUUGCCUGGACAAAGAAGCGCUGAAGGAUGAAUAUGAUGACCUUUCUGACCUCACACCUGCCCAGCAGGAGACUCUGAGUGACUGGGACUCUCAGUUCACUUUCAAGUAUCAUCAUGUGGGCAAACUGCUGAAGGAAGGGGAGGAACCAACUGUGUACUCAGAUGAUGAAGAAGCAAAAGAUGAGAAUGCUCGGAAAAAUGAUUGAAGCAUUCAGUGGAAGCAUAUCUAUUUUUGUAUUUUGCAAAAUCAUUUGUAACAUUCUAGUCUGUCUUUAAAACAUGGUGAUUUCACUAUUUAGAAAAGUUUUGAACUUGCUGUAAAUUUUUUAAAUUAACAUUACUAGUGACACAGGUAAAAUCAACUUGUCUUAGAAUGCAUGAUGUGUGUGUCACAAAUCCAGAAAGUCAACUGCAGUGCUGUAAUGCAAAUGUUAAAGCUGUUUUUCUUCUAUCUGUAGUUAGAACAAGCUGAAUUGCAAUUUGAUUUUUCUGAGAGAAAGAGAAAACUUGGGUAUUUCCACAAACUGCUCAAAAUGGUAAAUGUACUGAGAAUGAAAAAGGAUCAACUUCUAAUCAUGUUGUUCUCUGAAAACAAGCCCAUUUUACUCAAUUGACUUAACUGCAUGAUUAUUGUUUUAUCUACCUCUAAAGCAAAUCUGCAGUGUUCCAUAAAUCUAUGGAUGUCCAUAGAAAGAUGUCCAGUAACAAAAUGAAAAUUCAAUAAUGGUCUCAGUUGGGGCAAACAUAUUGCCUGUGUUGGUGGGCUGAUUUAUCAACCUUGUCCCCAUGUGGAUACACUCCCACAUAUGGUAACUCACACACAAUAAUUAGCAAUUGGAACUAAAACAGCAUCUGAAAAUACAAAGUAGGGCUUUGCAAAAAAUAAAAAUUUAAAAAAUAAAAUUCUGUUGCUUGUAGCAGAGCAAUGGCUAUGUGGUUAUUGACCAAAUGCAAAUUUUGAGAGGGACAUACAGGGCAGGAACAAGUGUGUGCUUUUCCAAAGACUUUCACCGUCAUCUCUGAAGAAUGAGAAAACACUACAUGGCACUAGCUGAGUGAUUUUGAAAGGAAAAUACAUUCCUAAGGUAACAGUCAAAUCCUUCUGUUGUUACAAACCUGUAGUCACUUGGAAAGUAGUCAAGUGUCUAGGUCUUGGAGAAUUCUCUUUUAAUAUUAAACCUAGCUUAACUGUAGAUAAGUAGCUACAGUUGUAUAAAUUUGUAAAAGUAUUAUAUGAACUAGUGAGGUUUCAAACUCUUGUAAUUUUAGUUAGUCAUUGUAUUUUCUUGUGAGCUGUGUUUAACGGUUUUAUCUGAAAUCAGAAAAAAAAAAAAAACAAAGUGCUUGGAUCAGUUAAUAAAAAAGGUUUUACCCAGUA